AUUCUUUUUAUUUUUUCAAUUCUCUAAUAAAUUCGAAACAUAUAAAUUAAUUAAAAACUACUUAUAACCUGAAAUUUUUUAAGGCAUUUGUCCCACAAACAAUAUACUGUCAAAGUAACAGCGUUACAUAGAAUGAAUGCACACUGUAUCAUCAAUAGAAAGAACUAUAAAGUAGAUUCAAGAUAUUGUCUUGCUCUCAACAUCUCAUGUCUCACGUCGUUAUCAAUAUCUUUGAAAUGUCGAGUUUACUGAAAUACUAAAAUAUAGUUACUACAUGGCUUUUUUGUAUUGUAAGUUAAACUUCCACGAUGAUCUCUCUUGACCGAUGAACCUAGGUAUCCAUUACUUUAAAAGGUAUUAAAUAACAUAUGCGCUACAUUUCCUGAAAGAUGAAUAAAUUGUAUGGAUCGCAAAUUUUGCGUACCAAUAUUUUUUUAUGCAUGCUAAACAAUUCAAGGAAUAUCAGAAAAAUUGCAAGGCAAUAAUACGAUGAUCGAGCAAUUUGCCGACUCACUCUCUUUGGAUCUUUAAACAUGCAUACAGUCGGAUGCACGGGAGUAAUUUGAAGAUGCUAUGUUCUCUCGAUCAAUACUUGUAGGGGGUAAGAUAGAGCUGGGAUGGAUGAGGAAAAGGUGUUAUAUGCGCGAGUACCAUAGUGUUGUCAACGUGGUAAAUCGAUUAAUAAAGAUAAUAUUAAUGCUUAAUUAUCCUAUCAUGCACUAUUAAAGAUGUAUAUCUGCGCUAUGAACUUGGAAUCAUUUUGUGAUGCGCUUCGACAAUGGUGUACUGGAACAAGGAUGCUAUUUAUGCAUUAGCAAGUUAUAAAAUUUUGGCAUGGCCCGUAGGAGUGUGGCCAAUUGAAGAUAAUAUUUUUUGUUCGAAAAUGCGUUACUUAUUUGCAAUCGUAACCGAGAUUUUUCUAACGAUAACAUUAUUGAUGGAUGUUUAUCUUGCCUGUGAAAAUUCGUCCGUGGAUCCGAUUGAUACGUAUGUGGUGACUUCCAGCGCAGUGCUGGUAUUUGUCAAACUUACUAUGCUGCAGAUACAACGAUCAGCAUUCUCGACCUGUUUACAUUCGGCUAUUCAGGACUGGUGUAGUAUCAAGGAUCCGAAGUCGCGCGAGAUUAUGAUUCAGCACGCACGUGCGGCGAAAAUAAUCUCGCUGUCAUUGUUUUAUUGCGGAUUCGUCUCUCUUAUGUUUUAUCUAUUGCGACUCUUGCCCUUCGUAAAUGCGACCGCCAAUGAAAGGACAUUUGUUCUUCCGAUGUCCUGUCUCUUCAAGUCCAUCUCCAAUCUCCAGUAUGUUUUUAUUUCAUUCUAUCAGGUGAUUCAGUUGUUGAUCGCGUACGCUGGAAACUGUUGUACGGAUGGAAUGUUCGUCGGUGUAACGAUGCAUCUGUGCGGACAGUUUGAACUACUGAUGAUCGAUUUUCAGCAGAUCGCUCGUCGAAAAUACAAACGUAAAGGAGGUAGCAUCGUUGAAGAAUUUGUCGUUAGACAUCGAAAAUUGUUGAAACUCACUGCAAACAUUGAAAAUACAUACAGUAUAAUUAUUUUGAUGCAGAUUAUCACCAGCGCCAUUUUGAUAUGCAUGACGGGCUUCGGAUUCAUCAUAUCCUGGCAUAUUCAUGACACAUUUAUGACGAUGAAAAGCAUUGUAAUAAUGAUAGUUAUGUUGCUGCAAUGCUUCCUGUAUUCGUACGCGGGUGAUAACUUGAGAGAUCAAAGUGAGGCCUUGUCAUUCGCGCUUUACGACUGCAACUGGUGCGAUUUCUCGCCUAAUGAUAUAAGAGACCUGGCGUUUAUUAUGAUAAAAACGAAUAUACCCAUUCGUUUGACAGCCGGAAAGUUUUUCUACGUUACACGUGCUACAUUUACCGAUAUUCUGAAAACUGCAGUAUCUUACUUGUCAGCUUUACGUGUGAUGAUUGAGAAACAAGAAACAAAUUACUAAUAAAAAUUUCUAUUAUUUCAUAUAUCAUGUCGAACAUUGUCUAAGAAAAUUAUAAGAAUUUAGU